GAUUUGUUUGAGGUGUGAUUUCGGUUAAAGGCGAAGAUCAUAAACGACACCGAAGAGUACUGGGCCCUGCCUUUUCAAUCAACCAUAUGCGAGAGUUCUUGCCGUUGUUUUGGCGUCAUGAUGUCAACCACCUCUCGGAAAAAUGGGACAACGUACUUCGAGGAAAGACUCAAACCAUCGAUAUCAUCCAUUGGCUCCAUAGAUUAGCUCUCGACAUCGUCGGAGAGAGCGCAUUUAACUACCACUUCGACGCGCUCAAUAACAAACCUAACGAGCUAACAACAGCACUCUACGCCUUCGAGAAACUCGCAGGAGAUCACACUCCAACGAUGACGUUAAUUCAGGCCAUUCUACGCCAUAUCCCAGACUCGGUCGUAUCAUGGAAAACGAAGCACUUCCCGUUUCACGGGGACAAAGUCGUCAAACGGUUUCUAGAAGUAUCGAAUGAGAAGGCGAGAGAGUUUGUUAAGAAGGCUAGAUUAGACUCCGAGCUUGACAGCGAUGAAGCGAAGGAUGAGACGGGAAUGGAACGGGACAUUCUUAGUAUUCAUGCGCGUGCAAACCGAGCAGAGGAUCCGAGGAAGAGACUAGUAAGCGAAGAGGAGAUGUUGUCGCAGACGUCAACUAUAUUUCAAGCCGGCCAUCAUACCACCGGAUACACUAGCUCUUGGAUACUCUACCAACUCGCUGCUCAUCCGGAGGAUCAAGAGAAGGUAUACGAAGAGAUCAGACGGGCACGCGAAAGGAACUCUGGGGACUUUUCAAGCUUCGAAUAUGAUUCGAUGAAUCAUUUGAAUCCGGUUAUUAAGGAAACCCGUCUCCAUCCCUCUGUACCGAAACUCGAAACUCGAAAGAGAGGCAUCAAAGAAUUCUCUUAGACUUCCCGGUCGUCUGCCAGGAUGGAACAACGAUAGAUGCGGUACCCGUCAGAAAGGGACAGAGGAUCAAAGUGGAUAUUACAAGUUAUAAUAGACUGGAGAGCGUAUGGGGUGAAGACGCGGAUUCAUGGAACCCUAAACACUUCGAGACGAUUUCUACACACCCGAACGGCAAAGAACAAACUCAAGUCGGA